CAGUUCUCUGCCUGUGAGCGGCGACAGUCGUGGAGGGCGGUGCGUGUUGUUGAUGUUUGUUUCUGGAGCGUUUGCGGCAAGGUUGGCGUUCGGCCUAUGAUUACAUGUUUUGCGUGUGACAUUUACCGCAAAGAGUUGAGCGUUCGACGCGUCGUCGACAGCCAGCGUGCCAGAGUAGUCCGCAGGCAAGGAAAUCCCACCCGUCGUCAAGAUGAGCGCCGCGGCGGCCGGCCCCUCCAGCUCGCGACAGCAGACGGACCCCGACACCGAACAAAUGGAGGUGGAUGACACCGGGAAGAGCGUGAUGGCCUCGUCGGUGGCGGCGGGCAGCGUCUCCGCGCACCUGCACCCCCUCGUCAUCAUGAACAUCUCGGAGCACUGGACCCGCAUCAGGGCCCAGGAGGGCAAGGCCCAGCAAGUCAUUGGUGCCCUCAUCGGAAAGCAGAAAGGCCGCAACAUUGAGAUAAUGAAUUCUUUUGAAUUGAACUUCACCAUUGGUGGUAGCACAUUUGGUGAAGAGGAGACCAAAUGUACUGCUCCAGUUGGUGAUAUUGUUAUUGACAGAGAAUAUUACAAUACAAAGGAGGAGCAAUUUAAACAAGUAUUUAGUGAUCAUGACUUCUUGGGCUGGUAUACAACAGGAGAGGGUGCAGAUGAGAAUGACAUCAAGGUGCACAAACAAAUUUGUGAAAUAAAUGAGAGUCCGGUGUUUUUAAAGCUUAAUCCUAAUUCUAGACAGUCUGAUCUUCCAGUCACAUUGUACGAAUCUGUUAUUGAUCUGGUUGCUGGGGAAGCUACUAUGCUAUUUAUUCAAAUUCCAUACACAUUGGCUACAGAAGAAGCUGAGAGGAUUGGUGUAGAUCAUGUUGCCAGGAUGUCUAGCAAUGAUUCAGGAGAGAGCUCUCUGGUUGCAGAGCAUUUGUCAGCACAGCACAGUGCCAUCAAAAUGUUACACUCAAGAGUACGUUUGGUGCUGCAGUACGUGAAAGCUGUUGAAGCAGGCCAACUGCCUGUGAAUCGUGAAAUUCUUAGGGAAGCUUAUUCACUGAGCAAUCGUUUGCCGGUCUUGCAAAGUCCUAAGUUUAAGGGUGACUUUUACAAUCAAUGCAAUGAUGUCGCUCUCAUGACGUAUCUUGGAGCAUUAACCAAAUGCUGCAAUGAUAUCAACCAAUAUGUCAACAAAUUUAAUGUAAUGUAUGACCGAGCUGGACUUGGCCGACGCAUGCGUGGUUUGUUCUUCCCCUAAACGACUGAUCUUAGAUACUUUUGCAAGUUACUGCUACAUCAAUAAUUCAGUAGCAAACUUCUGCCCCCAGCAUUGUUAUUGUAACCUUGCAUAAUUUUUUUAAAAAUUGGAGAUGCUAUUGUACUGGAAAGAAUUAUCUAGUAUCACUUUUGUGUUUUCCCAGUGUUUUUCAGUUUCUGGAUCUGAUGAUUCUGUCUAACAAUAGAACUUGUCCACUAAAAUAUUUGAAAACUGUAAUAAUGAUGAAUAAAAUCUGUUUGAUAGUUGUGAUCAC